CUGGGGUGUGCUUUGAAAUACGCGCCAAGAUCAUGUAUCAUGAAUAUAAAAUAAAUUUUUAAAUGGACACUUGCAGAAUGCCCUUAGAAAUAUGGUUAAAUAUAUGGAUUUAUUUGAAUUUGGUCUUGGUUGGGAUAAAAAGCGCACGGCCAAGAUUCGAUACAUCAACAGAUAUGGGGAAUGUUCUUAUACCAGCAGAUGCAGAAGUUGAUUCAGUUAUUUAUCGAUUACGUGCUACUGAUCAGGAUGUUGAUUUUCCAUUGGUAUUCGAAAUUACAGCAACAGUAACCCCAGUAGUUAGAAUUGAAAAUUUACCAUGUACUUUAUACAACAAAGUUUGCCAAGCGAAUGUAAUUUUAACAAGACGCUUGACCGCUGGACGUCUUCACGAUUUCGCUGUACGAGUACGAGACUCCAAAGGUGAUUCAAACUCAAUGCAGGCUACUAUUUCCGUGACGAAUGCAACUACACCACGCGAUAAAAUAUUUCCGCAUAUACCAGCUCUUAUUAUGGUUCCAGAGGAUGCUAAACCUGGCAAGGAACUUGAUUACAUUCUAGUACGAUCAAACCCUUGGAGCGGAAAACCCGUUUAUAUUGAAUUGUGGCAACCUAAAGAAUUAUUUACCAUAAGACAACGCCAAGAUCCUAGCAAUACAAAAGGAGUAAUUACAUUAAUUGGAGAAUUGGAUUUUGAAACUCAAUCAAUGUAUACUCUGACUAUAUAUGCAACGGACCCAUACACAGAACGUCAAAGGGACACAAGAAAUAUAGCAGGCCUACAUUUAGUCGUAAUAGUUCAAGAUGUCCAAGAUGUUGCACCAAUAUUUACUUUAGCACCACCUCUAACAAAAAUAAACAAUACUGUCCAACCUGGCGAUGUUAUUCUAAGAGUUCACGCAGAAGACGGUGACAAAGGGGUUCCCCGGGAAAUAACUUAUGGUUUAGUGUCGGAAGGCAAUCCAUUCACACCAUUUUUCAACAUUACUGAAUCCACUGGAGAAAUUAUUUUGACACGACCGUUAGAAGAAUUAACACAAAUAACACACGUUGGUGCGCCUAUAGUACUAAGUGUCGUUGCUGAAGAGAUUCGCAGGUCAACGGAUGAACCAGCAGCACAAGCCGCAGUAGUUGAAGUUGGAUUAUUACUUGGUGAACCGGGAAAUAGUCCACCUUACUUUGAAAAUGAUAUUUAUGUUGCUUGGAUGGACGAAAAUGCUGAACCUGGCUCUUCAAUUAUAUUUAAUGAACCUUAUUCAACGAGAGUUAGAGAUGAAGACAUAGGCAAGGCUGGUGUCUUUGCUCUAAAAUUAGAAAAUAAUAAUGGAACGUUUGAAAUUAGUCCUGCGGUUGCUGAACGUACAGCUAAUUUUAUUUUAACUGUACGUGAUAAUACACUCAUUGAUUAUGAAAUUUAUAAAACUCUACGUUUCCAAAUAACAGCUCAAGAAGUGGGACCGGCAACAAAUUUAUCAGCAACAGUACCCGUAACUAUUUUUCUUCGUGAUAAAAAUGACAAUCCUCCGGAGUUUCAAGAAAAAUCUUACGAAGUAGUUUUAUCAGAGAAUGUAACUGCUGGUACGCGAGUUGUGCAAGUACAUGCUACUGACAAAGAUACGGGAUCUUUUGGUAGAAUUCAGUACACACAAAUAAUUGGAUCUGGUAGUGAAGCAUUUGUAAUUAAUCCUGAUACUGGUGUCAUAACUGUAGCUAUGGGAACCUCGGUUUUGGAUCGUGAAAUAACACCUCAGCUUAUGUUGAGCAUCGAGGCCUGUGAUGAAGAUGGCAAAGGAUUACGUAGCACUGUUCCCUUUGUUGUUAAUCUUAUAGAUGCUAAUGACAAUGCUCCAAUAUUUGAAAAAGAUAUCUACGAAUUUGUACUCAAUAGUGAUUUAAAUAAUUUCACUAUGCCAGCAAUAAUAAAAGCUUUCGAUGCCGACGCAGAUCCACCUAAUAAUGUAAUACACUACGAAAUAAUUCAUGGAAAUUAUGAAAAUAAAUUUAAUCUAGAUGAAACAACUGGCGCAUUGUUCUUACGGGAACAAAUUACAAAAGUAAGAAGUAGUAGGCAUAAUUCUUAUCAAAGAGUUGCUACCAAGUAUCGUAAAAAUGUAAUACAAACUCAUAAUGAUUCUCUAAAAAUUUCUUCACUAAAAUCUUCAUCUACGUCAAUGUCAAGUAUAUUAGAUAAAAAUGCAACAAAUGCAGAUGAAAAAGUAGAACGAAAAAAACGUGAAGAUAAACAUAUUCUUUUUACACUAACUGCUAGAGCUUACGAUUUAGGUGUUCCACACCUAUCUAGCACAACUCAAAUUAAUAUACUUCAGUCUCCAUUAGUUGGUGUAAGAACAAUAAUGUUAUUAGUACCAGGAGAAAAUCCAGAUCGCGAAAAAACAAUAAAAACAUUGGAAACAAUCACCGGAGGGCGGAUAACAAUUCAAGAUAUUCGUCCUUAUACUUUAGAAAAUUUACCUAAAGGUUUUGAAAAUGGUCUGCCAAGUCCUGAUGGUGGAAAAAAGAGUAUUGUAGUAGCUCAAGUUCAACAAAUAAGUCCUGGAGCAUCAUUUGUGGAUAUUGAAAAAAUUUUAUCUGCUCUAACAGCCAAUGGGUUUGGGAUAAUUGGUGGUGAUAUGACACCUGGAAAUGGUAAUCAAGAAACUAAAGAUCAUAACGGGACAAUUAAAAAUACAAGUAUUACUACAAUUAACAAUGAAGAAGUAAUAGUCUACAAAGCCGAGAAUAAAUUACUUUUCUGGCUGCUAAUAAUCUUAGGAUUAUUAAUACUUGCAGCAGUUGUCGCUUUGAUAAUUUGUUGUAUAUGUCCAGGCUGUCCUUUAUACAUGGCGCCAAGAAAAAGACGUAUACAUUCUUCUGAAACGCUCAUUGCACGUUCUGAUAGUAGACCCAAGCGACAUCUUCAUCGUAGACAUCCACAGUUAGAAAAUAUUUGGAUGGAAAAAAAACAAGCAUGGAGUGCUGAUCCAACUCGUACACAAUGGCAAUUUAAUCGUAGAAAUACUAACAAUUUCGGUAUAGCUUCACUACCAGGAGACGUGAUUCGAGUUGAUCAUGAGACUUGUAAUGUUAAUCGUGAUCGUGAUCAUAAUUAUGAACAACCACUGAAAGCUAGUUCUCUUCAAUUACAUGACCAACUAAUGGCACCUGUAUACUUAGUUAAAUCUAGUACACAAAAAGGUGAUGAACGUAUGUAUGUAGAAGAUAUUGAAGCUAGAGUUAAAGGUCAUCAUGAAAUAGAUGAUGGGGAUUCAGAAUUAGGACGUAAAGUUUAUAGAAGAGUUAAACAACGAGAACUGGAUCCACAACUACUUCGUGACUCACACUUUUAUCGAAAUGGUAGUACAGAAGUAAUGAGACUAGUUACACGUGGUGUUGAUGAUCACACUAGUCAGAUUAUGACACAUCGACCACCAGAAAUAGUAAUUGACCAAACGUCUAUACACAGAGUUGAUGGUAAAGAUAUUUUAUUACAAAGAUUUAUUGAGGAUCAAAAUUUACGAGGAGAACAAGAUUAUCAUGAUAGUAUGCAGGAUUUAGAGAGACAAAGCAUGGAAUCACAUAAACGGCAAAAAAAAGCUUCGAUUCAACAACAUAAACAAGAAAUUUUGUUAAUUCCUGAAAGACUGGAUGAUGAUAAUCGGCAACAUAUUGAAGAACUUGGUCCUGAUGUUCAGAGACUUAUUAUUGAUCAUGGAACUUACGAAAAAUCAUCACGAUCAGAUAUUAAAGGCAGUCAAGAUGUUUUAAGUAGUAUUUUAAUUCACGGAUCAACAUCUAAAAUAUCAAAUAUAAAAGAACAAUCAAAACAUGAGCAUCAAUCAAAUCUUCAAAAUUAUUCAAUUCAUGAUCUAGAGUUAGCGCGACAAAAUGUUUUAUUAACGAGAUUACUUUUGGAAAAAGAUAGAGGAGUUGGUGGCAUAGGUUUGGUUGAUUCGGGAAGUUAUUUAGAAACACAAAGUUUACCUGGACAAGUGGCUGCUGGUACUCAGACUAAUCAAACUACAGCAACUCAAACGGAUCAAUUGAAUAGAAGUAGAAGUGAUAAUGAUGAGUCUGAAGAUGACGGUAGAAUGCGUAGGAAAAGAUCGAAAAAAAGAUAUGAUGAACCUAAACGAAUUAGAACUUUGUGGAUGAGAUCACCUAUUCGUGAAGAGGAUCGUCAUCAGUAUCCUGAAAAACAUGCUAGCUUACUACGUAAAAAAAUAAAAGAUAUUAAAGACGGAAGAAAGAGUUCGAUUGAACAGGAAGUAUUGAGAGAAAUUUCUGAUUCAUUGGAUGAAAUUGGUGAUAGAGAUACACCUUUAAAUAAACGUGAGCAUUUUAUUGAUAGUUCUAAUUCUAGAGAUGAUGAAAUUAUACAUCGUGAUGAUUCGUCAUCGAUAAAAAUAUUGAAAGAUAAAUAUACAAAAGUGGUAAGUGACUGUGAAGAUGACCGUGAAAGAAAAGAUGAGGAUAAGAGUAAGAAAAAAAGGGACAAUUUAAGUACUAGUAAAAAAGAAAUAAAACGAGAUAAAAAAACAGAACCGAGUUUUAAAAUAUUAGAAAGGGAAAUGAGUUCAUUGAGUAAAAAACUUUCAAAGUUAGCGGGUAAAAAAUUAACAAAGUGUAAAGAAGAUAGUAAUCAUGAGAAUGAUAAAUUUUUAACGACAGAUUCCCAAGAUAAAGAUAAGGAUACAACGCCUACAGAAUUUCAGAAUGAAGGUAAAGAAAGAGGAAGAGAAAAAAUGAAAAAAGUUGAAAUUAUUAAAUCGAGAUCUAGAUCCACACAACGUGUUACUAAAUCAACACAAUUAAAAAUUCCUAAAGAGAUUGAAAAAAUUAUACAACAUAAAACAAAGUAUCGUAAAAAACCUAUUAUAAGUACUGCUAGUUCCGAAAUUGAAGAAGCUGCAGAUAAAUGUUUGAAAAAACAAACCGCAAGCAAAAAACCAGAUGAUAGCAAGUCUAAAUUUUCGGUAGGUAAAACUAUUAAAACAAAAUUAAAACGACAAACGGCCGUGGACGACGACAGAAAACCUAAUGCGACUCGUGAUUCUAUUACUGAGAAACAAAAAAAUAUUUUAGUUAAACAAUUCAAGAAGGUGGAUAGCAAAUCAAAGAAAUCUGAAAGUGAAUCUAGUCACUCUAAAGAAGUUAUUGAAUUAGAUAAGAUGAGUUUUAAAAAAUCAACGGAAGAAAGUGAUUCUAAAGAUUCUGAUGAAGACAGCAGUAAAUUGAUAGGGAGUAGUUCAAUGAAACAGUCGAGCUCUAGUGCUGAUACAUCGAAAGAAUCAAGAAAAGAAGAAAAAUCAAUGGAAUCUAAGAUAAAGUCAUCUGAUGAUAUCAAAGAGAUAUCAAAUAUUACUCUACCUCAUACAAAAAUUGAUUUGCAAGCAGAAGAAGUAGCUAAAAGUACUGCUGACAGUGAAUUAAUAAAACCGGAUAAGUCAUUUAGAAAAAAAAGUAUUGAAUCUUCUAAUAAAUCAAACGUAGGUACUAGUCCUGAACCGGUCAAAAUUCGAGGUGAAAAAGAAAAUUAUGAUGGAUAUAAAAAUGAUAAACAAGAUUAUGGUAAAAAAGAAAUUGAGAUGAUUAGAUCAAUAGUUUUGGAACAAAUUGAUUUGGAGAAGAAAGUAGUUGAAACAAAUAAAAAUAUACAGUUAAUAUCUACUGUUAAAACUAUGGAAAAGUUAAUAGAUAAAUCACAAAAGACUGAAAAAGUAAAGGAAAAUAUUUUGGUCGAGUUACUUCCAGUUGAAUCUGCUGUAAAAUCUCCGGUACCUGAAGAUGAUGCGAUGAUUGAAAUAGAAGAAAAAACCAAGAGCAGAGAAUCAUUGUCAUCGAUAGCUGAAAAAAUUAUUGAACAAUCAAAAGAAAACAUGGAACAGUUUGAAACAACUGCUUCGACUGUUGUUGAAAAUAUUGUAAACAAUACAAACGAGACUGACGAGAAAGAGGCUAAUAAAGUUCGUGUUAUUGAUAAAUUAAAAAAUUUUGUUGACUCUAAUAAAGUAUCGUCAGAAGACGAUGAACAAAUAAAGGAAGUAUUUAUUGAUCAUUUAGAUAAUGCGACUAGUAUAAAAGAUUCAACUGGAGAUUUUGAAUCUACUCAAUUUAUUGACGAAAUGCAGACAAAUAAAAUAGAUAAUCAAAACAAAAUUGAUAACUUGCAUUUGAAAAUUGAAGACUUGCAGUUGAAUGAAAUUAAAAAUAAACAAAUCGAUGAAGACCAAUUCAAUAAAAUGAAUCAACAGGAACGAAUCGAUGAAUUACAAUUAAAUGAAAUUGAUCAACAGAAACAAAUUAAUGUAUCACAAUUAACUGAAAUUAAUCAACAAAAACAAAUUGAUGAAAUGCAAUUAGAUAAAAUAGAUCAAAAUCACCAAAUCAAUGAAAAUCAAUUAAUUGAAAUUAAUCAACAGAAACAAAUUGAUGUAUUACAAUUAAAUAGAAUUGACCAACAAAAACAAAUUGAUGAAAUGCAAUCAAAUGAAAUUGAUCAUCAAAACCAAAUUGAUGAAAUGCAAUCAAAUGAAAUUAAUCAUCAAAAACAAAUUGAUGAAAUGGAAUUAGAUAAUAUAGAUCAAAAUCAACAAAUCGAUGAAAAUCAAUUAAUUGAAAUUAAUCAACAGAAACAAAUUGAUGUAUUACAAUUAAAUAAAAUUGAUCAUCAAUACCAAGUGGAUGAAAUGCAAUUAAAUAAAACUGAUCAACAUAAGCAAGACGAUAAAUUGCAAAUAAAUAAAAAUGAUGAUGAAAAACAAGAAAGCGAGUUCGAAUACAAGAAAGAAGGUGAAAUAAUAAAAGAAUCAAAUAUUGAAGAAUCAAAUGAAAUACUGCCAUCAAAAUCUCAAAAAAUACUUAUGAUUACACCAAUCAUUGAAUCUGAAAUUAAAUCAUCAAUGAUAAGCGAUUUAAUUAAAGAUUCUGAAAUAUUAUCACCAAAAUUUCCGGAAAAAUUAAAACCUAUUAUUGCUCAAGAAGUGAUUGUUAAUCCCGAAGACGCGGCACAUAUUAAAAUUAUUGAAGAACAAACAACUGAAGAUAUUACACAAGAAAUAAAUAAAUCUCAAUUGCAAAUAGAGGAACCUCUAUCACCCACAAGUGAAAGUAGUCGUCGUUCGUCGCAAAUAAUUAUUUCUCGUGAAACAUCAUUUCUCAAUUCACCUAAGAAAUUACCAAAAGACCAAAAUAAUGAUAAUAAUGAUACUCCAAAAGAUUCAUCUACAUCAAUGGUAACAGAACCACAAGUAGAAAUUCCAAUUUCUAAUAAGCAAGUUGAGUUUCCUAGUCGCGAUAAUGUGUUAGUAGCAAGCGAACAACCUCAAUCGAUUGUUCCUGACGUUGAGCAACUGGAAUCUAGUUUACCUUUUGAGGGCAAACAUGAACAUUCAGACUCGACACUAGAUGCAUUAGAUGACGAUAGUGAUGUGUCAAGUGAAUCUUCAACUAAAACGGCAUUUAUCGCACGUCCAUACGGCACACCUCGUCAUCGACGUUUAAUAAGAAUGGAAAAUGUACAUCCUGAUAACGUAUUACAAUCUCCAAUAAAUAAAAUAGAAUUUAUAGAAUACGAUAAUUCAGAAACAUUACAAAUAUCAUUGGAAGAAACUAAAUCAAUAGUAAGUGAAACUGUUUCGAUAAACCCUCUUAAUGUUAUAACAUAUUCGGUUACUGAAGAUGAUCAGAUAGAAGAAAAAAAAGAACCGAUGGAAAAACUAGAAAAAAGUAUCAAGGAAAAUGCUGAAAUCGAAAAAAAAAUUGAAAACAUAAAAAAUGAUUCAAAAAGUGUAAAAGAUGUCGAUGGUAACGAAGACAAUGUUUCAAAAGGUUUAAAUAGAGAUAUUAAUAUUGAUCAAGAAGAAAUGAUGAAAAAAAUCAAAGAUUCUAAAGAUAUUUCAAGUGAUGUAGGCUCGAGUACAACUAAAUUACUGAUUGAAAUUCCAGCAAUAAAAUCUAAUGAUUUAGAGACACAACAGGAACCAAAAAAGGUAGAAAAAAUUUUAAAAAUUGUUAAUGAAAAGUUAGAUGUUGAUUCCCCUUCUCUUACAGAUCAUCCGGAAUCAAUAAAAGACCCUGAAGAGGAUAAUAAAUUAUCAAAAAAUGAUACAAAUAUUACUGAUGGAUUUAAAAAAUUAAAUAUUCAGGACACAAAAACUGAAACUGCGGAUAAUUUAGUAAAACAUAAAAAAGUUUUUAAAAGUUCAGAAAAUAUAAAAGAACAAUUAUCUAAAAGUAAAAAUAAAUCUAAAACUACUAUGAAAAUAAUACCGUUGUCAAAAACAUCAAAAGUAAAAUUAAAAACACAUAAAGAAAAAAACCGUCAACUUGAGGAUAAAAAUGAGCAACCAAAAUUAUCGGUUGACAAAACGAUAAAAACUCAUGAUAGUCAAGUAUCUGGUCAAUCUAAAACUGUUAAAUCACCGUUAGAAUCUAAAGUUAAAUCAUUUUCAGAUAAAAUAAAACAGCGAAAACGAUUGGAGCAUGACAAAACCAUUCAAUCCGAAACGUUAAAUGAUAUGAGUGAUAAAAAAUUAUCUACUGAUAGUAAAAAAUUACUGCAAGAGAAAGAUACGAAUAAAAAACAGGACAAAAUGGGAAAACUAGAAUUGUCGAAAGAAUCAUCUUCAAGUAGCGAAGUUAAACAAAAUAAAGAUAAAAAUAUUUUUUCAAGAAAAGAAAUAUCUUUAGAUUCCGAAAUUAAAGUAGAUAAAGUAAUUAUUACUUCAGACAUACUAAAAGAUAUGACGAAGGAGAUAAAGCCUUUAGUUGAAGUAUCUACUCAACUAAAUAAAGAUAUCACCACAAAAGUAGAUAAAGACGUUGAGCCAAAAGUAGAUACAGAGACUGUUGUGGAAGUAGACAAAUAUGUUGAUAUACUAGUAGAAAAAGAAACUGUACGAGCAGCCACUAAUACAGAACCAUUACAAAGUAUAACUGAUAAAAUAUAUACUUCAGAAACAGAUCAAAUUAAAAAAUAUAAAUUAAUAGAUACGAAUAUGAAAGAGAAAAAAAUUACUGGAAUGUUGAUUGAACCAAUUACUUCUGAGACUUGUAAUGAAUCUACUUCUCAAGACGAUAUGAAAGAAGAAUGUAUACAAUCGACAUCAAAAUUAUCUCUUCACGUUAAUAAACAUAAAUCAGAUCGAGAUAAAUUUUUAAGUCCAAGUAAGAUGAGUAAACACUUUAGAGAAGAACAUGCUGAGGCUCAAUCACGUUACAUGGAAUGGUAUAGACAAAAUCGUGAAGAAACUGAACGUCGAAAACAAGAAAGAAAAGAGGGUGAUGAAGAAGAACAGCCUCCUAAGUGGCUAAGAAAAAGUACGAGACAAAGAUGGCUUAAAAUGAGUCCAGAAGAUAGAAGCAUAAUCGAAUUAAGAACACCUGAAGUGACACCAUUAACUCGUCGGCGUGUUAAACCUCUUGUUAAUAUUGAAUCAGAACAACUUAAAGCAAUUGUACGUCAAGGUAGAAAACAACGUAAAGCUGAAGGUGAUAAAAAUAUUGAUCCUCCAAUAGAAAUAUUUGCUCCAGAGAAACCAACAAUUUUUCAACAACAACCACAACUAAAAUAUCAUCAUCUUAUCCAACAUUCAGAAUAUCAAUAUCAACGUAUGCCACCUCCAUUUUAUCUUCAUCCACCACCAGUUCCACAUCCUACGCCUCAACCAUCGCCAGAACGCUUUGAAACUCCUCAAGAACAGUUUGCCUUAACUACCGAUUCACAUCUUCAUCAUGAACCAUCAACUUUGGGAACCACAACAUCAUUACAAACUGGAACUAGACUACGUCAUCAACAACUUCUUGAAAAGAAAAGUGUUUUCGAUAUCGCGUACGACGAAGCAGCGCCUUCUCAAUUACGUGCCGACAGUACUACUCCACCAUCGUAAAUAAAUAAAUAUAUAAACAAUAAAAUAAUUUUUUAUAAGUAUGAUGUCUACCGUGGAACGGAUAAUUACAUCACUGCCUACAAAAUAUAGCUAUUUGAAAAUAAAUAGACUCAUCGUAUCGAUGAAAAUAAAAAAAAAAUCAAGUAGAA